AUGAGGAACCACAGCACUGUCCUGGAGUUCAUCCUCCUCGGGCUGCCUGGUGACGCCCAGACGCAGACUCUUCUCUUCAUGCUCUUCCUGGUCAUUUAUCUUCUGACCCUCGUGGGGAACCUGCUGCUGCUGCUGGCGGUCAAGAUUGACUCCCACCUCCACACACCCAUGUACUUCUUCCUGGGACAACUGUCCUUCCUGGACCUCUGCCACUCAUCGGUCACAGUGCCCAAGCUGUUGGAGAACCUCCUGUCUGUGAAGAAGAGCAUCUCGGUGGAGGGCUGCCUGGCUCAGGUCUUCUUCGUGUUCGCCACUGGAGGUACCGAGUCCUGCCUACUGGCAGCCAUGGCCUAUGAUCGCUAUGUGGCCAUCAGCUCUCCUCUGCUCUACAGUCAAGUGAUGAACAGACAGCUGUGUGCAGGGCUGGUGUGGGGCUCUUGGGGCCUGGCCUUUCUGGAUGCUCUCAUCAAUAUCCUUGUGGCUCUGAAUCUAGAUUUCUGUGAGGCUCAGAAUAUCCACCACUUCCUCUGUGAGCUGCCCUCUCUCUACCCUUUGUCUUGCUCUGAUGUCUCUGCAAGCUUCACCACCCUCCUCUGCUCCAGCUUCAUCCACUUCUUUGGAAACUUCCUCCUCAUACUCUUCUCAUACAUUCGCAUCUUGCUCACCAUCCUGGGCAUCAGCUCCACCUCUGGGAGAAGCAAGGCCUUUUCUACCUGUUCGUCCCACCUCACGGCAGUGAGCUUCUUUUACGGCUCAGGGUUACUCCGCUAUCUCAUGCCAAAUUCAGGAUCCAUUCAAGAGCUGAUUUUCUCUUUGCAGUACAGUGUCAUCACCCCCAUGCUGAACCCCCUCAUCUACAGCCUGAAGAACAAGGAGGUGAAGGCAGCUAUGAGAAGGUUGCUAAGGAAAUAUUUGUAG